AUGGCGAUGAUGAUGGCUGGCCGUGUGCUGCUGGUGUGUGCCCUCUGCGUGGUGUGGUGCGGUGCCGGCGGUAGAUGUGACGAGGGUGGGACAGGAGGAACUCCGCCUGGUGCUAAUCCUGCGAGUGGUGCUGGAACUACCGGCAAUGCCGCCGGUCAGACUGCACCUGGUGAAGCAGAAGGCUUUUCUGCACAACAACCACAGCUGGAAAAAGUUGGGGAUUCACCUUCCGGGGGCUCGCGAUCGCAAGUUGAUUUACAGCUUCAAUCGCCAACAAUACAGCUGACACCAUCCGGCGCCGAACAUACGGCUCCAUCGACACAUUCGAAACCAUCGGGAGAACAGAUGCAAGAUUUACCAGACGAAGGUCCACCAGGGAAACCGGGGAUUUCACCCAGUCAAGAGGAGGGGAAGAAUAAAACAAUUGUAAAUCAACAGAGUAAUGGUCCGCCAUCUCAUUCAAGUAACAACGAUUUUGUCAGCCGUAAUAGUGAGGAGCGCACUGAAGAUAAUUCGGGGAGUACUGAAACUCUUGUUGCCGCACCGUCAGAAGAGGGGCAGGAGCGUGAAAAUGUCACUCCUUCUUUGGAACAACCCCAGGAAACUUCCACAGCCGCACCGACCGUUACCACUCAAACCAUUUCCACGAAGCCGUCCGAAGAAAAUAAGAGCAACACCGUCAAAAUGAGUGCGGCAUCACCUCAAUCAACAGUAACCGCCAACACAACUGAUACGACGAACACACAAAACAGUGACGGCAGCACCGCGGCCUCCCACACCACCUCCUCUCUUUUGCUUCUUCUUGUUGUUGCGUGUGUGGCUGCUGCUGCGGUGGUGGCCGCGUGA